UACAGUACAAUGACACUCCCGGCGGCUGAAUGAGAAAUGUUGUUUUAAACCAGCCGUUGUUGUUUUAAACUGCUUUCCCGGCGCCCUCAUGUUGAAACCCACCAGAAGACAACACAUUGGGUUUACAGCUUAUAUUUUAAAGGAUACAAACCAGCUGUUUUUAUGUUUUUACCGAUUCGGUGACCGCGAAAAUAAACUUUGCAAUGCCUCGACUAUAUGUACAGUGUUAGCUUAAUCGGCGAGCUUGUCAACAUCGUAAAUACUAAUGGGGGAUGUUGGCGACACCGUUUCCUCCAAUGUUCCGAGGAUACCAAACACAGAACUGAGCAAACUUUUAGUUUUCAGAGUCUACAAGAGGAGGUGGUUUGUUCUGCUAGUGCUGUGCCUGCUGAACUGCUCCAACGCCACGUUAUGGCUGACCUUUGCUCCAGUAGCAGACCAGUCUGCCCAGUAUCUGAAGGUCACUCUGGAGGAGAUCAACUGGUUGUCACUGGUCUACAUGGUGGUGGCCAUACCGCUCAGCUUCGGGACCACGUGGAUGCUGGACACCCUCGGACUGCGGAUCACGCUGGUUCUGGGAUCCUGGCUCAACAUGUUCGGAGCCGUGGUGCGGGCCUGUGGGAUGCCGCUGCGCUUGAAUCACACGGUCCUGUACCCUGUGGUGAUGCUGGGCCAGACCCUGGGUGCCCUGGCUCAGCCCCUCAUCAUUUUCACCCCCACCAAACUGGCAGCUCUCUGGUUCCCUGACCACCAGCGUGCCACAGCUAACAUGAUUGCCUCCAUGUCCAAUCCCCUGGGCAUCCUCCUCGCUAACAUCAUCUCUCCCAUGAUAGCAGAGACGUCUGCCCAGAUCCCAACUCUGCUGAUUGCCUAUGCAAUCCCGGCAUGCAUCAUCUGUUUCCUAGCAACAGUGGGAAUACGGAGCAGUGCCCCCCCAACGCCACCGUCAGCCAGUGCUGAGACCUCCAGCUCUGAGCCAUUCAUAGAGGGGCUCAAACUGCUACUGAAGAACAAGGCCUACCUCGUCCUGCUGCUGUGCUUCGGUUCAGGCAUGGCUGUUUUCACAUGCUUCUCCACGCUGCUGGAGCAGAUCCUGUGUGUGCAAGGAUACAGCAAUGACUUUGCUGGCAUGUGUGGUGCCCUCUUCAUUGUGUUUGGCAUCGUGGGUGCCGGAGCUCUGGGUCUCUAUGUCGACAAGACCAAGAAAUUCAUCGAAGUCACAAAGAUCAACAUGAGCUUCACUGCUCUCUCGUGCAUCGCCUUCUCAGUGGUGUCUCUGAUGCGGCAGCAGAAAACCGCUGUGGCCGCCGUCUGCUCUCUUUUCGGCUUUUUCGGUUUCUCCAUCUACCCGGUGGCCAUGGAGCUGUCCGUGGAGAGCUCGUAUCCCGUCGGAGAAGCCACAUCAGCUGGACUCAUCUUUGUAUCGGGACAGGUUCAGUCUGUUCUUUACAUAAUCCUCCUUCAGGCUUUGACCAAACCACUUGCAGACUCUCCUCUGUCCACCUGUGGGAACACAGUCCUGAGCUGGAGAGUGCCCCUGCUGGUGAUGGCAGGACUGUGCAGCCUGUUCACAUGCUGCUUCGUGAUCUUCUUCCAUACACGGUACAGACGACUGGAGGCUGAGGAACAAGCGACCUAUGGGACCUAACAAAGUGGCUGCUCAACCACCACUGAGCACGCUCCAAGUGUGGAGACGUGAACCUGCUGAGAGCAAGGGAUUAUGGGUGUGAUCACUCCUGCAGUUUGUUUCAGUGACCUCAGAUUUGUGCUUAAAACAUAUUAUUAUAAAAAGU